AUGAUUGAAACAAAUCCUUCCUCCAAUAAACAUCAUGAAAAAGUCCAGUUUUUCAUAAUAAAAAGUUGUCCUGUUGAAUCAGUUUAUGAUUUACGAGAAGAAAGUGAACUCGAUGAUGUAUAUAACGAUUCAUUUGCAUUUAGACGACCUCGAUCUAAUAGCACGGAUUUAUUAAUUCUACGAAAAACUUCCCGACCGUUGUCUGUUGAUGUUAUUGGACUCGUUGACAAUAAUUUAAAUCCUUAUAAGCAAUAUAUGAAAGUUGUUGAUUGUUAUGCAUUAGCUCCACAUACUGGUUCGAUUCUAUUAAUUGAUAUGAAUAUAAAGUCGUUAUCACCACCGCGGACAACUUUUUUCGCUUGA